AUGUCGAGCCUCACUGCAACCCAGGUUCAAGCGAUGGAGCACCAACCCCAGGCAAGCCGCGCUCCGGGCAUCAUCGCGUGUGCAUCAAUCACGCUGGCCGCCAGCGCCGUGGCCGUGGUUUUGCGACUCAUCUCCCGGUCUAUCAUGUCGAUGCGGUUAGGCAUGGAUGACUAUCUUAUGCUUCUGGCUCUGUUCUUCAACGCGGCAUUUACUGCCUCAAUAUUCGUGACUAUCCAUUUCGGCAUGGGGAAGCACAUCGUCUAUGUAACUAGUGCAGAACACCUAACAUUGUCGAUCACGAUCGCCGAGUGCUUCUACAUCCUCAACAUCUGCGCCACCAAGCUCUCGAUCCUGACCUUCUUCCCGCGCAUCUUCCCGCAGCGCUGGUUCCGCCUCAUGACCUGGUCCAUGAGCUUCGUGGUCAUCGCCUCCAACCUCAGCAGCGUCAUCGCCACCUGGCUGCAGUGCAUCCCCCUCCGUCACGCCUGGGACCCCACGGUCCCCGCCACCUGCAUCGACUACUACGCCGUCGUGGUCUUCAGCGGCGCCACGAACGUGGUGACCGACUUCAUCAUCCUGGGCAUGCCGCUGUCCGUCAUCCACCAGCUGCAGAUCAGCGACCGCAAAAGACGCAUGCUUGUUUUGGUCUUUGCCGUUGGGUUUGGAGCCUGCAUCGCCUCCAUCCUCCGCUGCGUGGAGGCGCAGGCGCUCAAGUCGCCCGACGCCAGCUGGGACCGCGCCGGCGCCAUUGCCUGCACCUCCGUCGAGUGCUGCGUCGCCAUGAUCACCGCUUGCUUGCCCUCCAUGCGUCCGCUAGUGGCCAAGCGCUCCAAGAUGGACGACUUCCCGCGCGGCGGCUAUGCGCAGCAGCCCGUGGCGCAGAGGAGCGCGUGCAGCCGCACGGAUAGCGGGUGGUCCCACCUUCGAUGACGAGGAGGAGGAGAGGAGGAGAGGAGGAGGAGAGGGGGAAGAGGAAACAUUCCCAGUCCACAGAUCAGUUCGCAAUCCCCAUGGUUUUGCAGAAAGGGAUCGUCUCGUCACUGGGGGCGUGGUGAGAAUCGUUCCGCUUGCGGGAGGGAGAAGGGAACAACACGUUGAGUGGACA